CAUGCUCCGACUUGCCGGAACUGUGCGCUAGAUCAGCUAAAUCUCAGCGGGGGUUGCCCCGAUGAGAUAAUUCGGUCGGCAGAUUGCGUAGUGCGGAAAUUUCAGUAAAAAUACUCUCGAAAGUUCCGAAAAACAAGCAAUUAAAUCCGCAUCGCGACCGGCGCUGUUCUUCAAUUUCGUACUGUUAGGGUUAUAUAUCCUUUUGAAUCGAGACUUACUUCCUGUAGUGAUGACGGCGCCUUUGCAGAAACGCACGUAUCCUUCGCCCCUUGCGGGAUACGAAGAUGCGCCCCCACUUCCAAAUGAACGGGCGGAAGACGGGAAGAGCUUCGUGAAUCCAAAGAACGAUAAGUUGAGCACUGCAUAUGAGCAAUUUGCGGAUCCUCUGGACAAGGGACGUCGCGGGGGUUUCGACAUACACAUAUACUACUAUCAAAAUAAUAAGGAACAGACAGAGUAUGCCAAGGCUCUAUGGGAACGUAUUCGAAGAGAAUUUCCAGAGCUUAGGAUAUACACAUUCUGGGAUCGUCCAAUCGGCCCACACCCCGUUGCGAUGUUUGAGGUCAACUUGUUCACCCCAGCUCAAUUUGGAGCUUUCGUGUCGUGGCUCGUGAUCUGGCGUGGUCCGCUCUCUGUUCUCGUCCAUCCGAACACAGUAGAGGAGGGCAAGCAGGCGGCGAUCGAGCUACGAAAUCACUCAGAGAGGGCCGUUUGGAUGGGCGAGCGGAUACCGUUGGAUUUGACAGGAUUCUUGAAUCAGAUUGAGCGAGAGGAAUCUAAUUGAGUCUUCUGUCUGGUGGUACAUCAAUGUAAACGUAAUACACUUUCGGAAAGAUGUGAAAAUUACCACUAAGCUGGAACUAUUAGCUUCCUCCCCUACUAUAUAGUUAUAACCCGUAUCGACUAGCUAAUGAGAGAAAACUUCAGAUACAUAAGGGGAUAAACUUGAUCGUUGGUGUGCAAUUCUAUUCGCCUUGCGCUACGGCCGUACGAAGGACCUUUGCAGGCUGAUCAUGAUCUCUCAAGACAUGCAGGCAAUAUUGGGCAAUAUUGGAAAGUGAGGUUAUACAGACUUCGCUUCUUGAAACAGACCCCAGAGACCUAAGCGGUCUGGGCUGGCAGACCAAUUGUAUAUAGAAUCAAGUCAAGCCACCAACAGCCGAGAAGGAGUUGGUUGGUCAAGGACUUAUGCAGCCCUAGUUGUUCAUUAUAAUCUGAAUUGCCUAGAUUCCAAGCCCAGUAAUCCUGCCCUUGUUAUAGA